UCCCUCACAUUGUUAAUGUAACCGUGGGACAAUCAACAGCCUUCGCGGUUAACUUGUUACCAGUUGUUUAAUUUGUAUUACUGUUAUAAUGGCAACUCCUGAAUAUUAUACGCUGGAAGGAGGGGACAGAAUGCCCAGGAUCGGCUUCGGAACAUGGCAAGCAUCAGACGAGGUGCUGGAGAGGUCGGUGGAGGCUGCCCUGGCGGCCGGCUACCGGCACUUCGACACGGCCCGGGCCUACGAGAACGAGGCCGCGCUGGGCCGGGCACUGCGCCGCUGGAUCGGCGAAGAUACAACCAGGAGGCAACACCUGUUCAUCGUCACUAAGCUGCCUCCUGGAGGAAACCGUCCCGAACUGGUAGCAGAAUACUUCGAAGCAUCAAUGAAGGACCUCGGGCUGGAGUACGUGGACCUAUACCUCAUGCACACACCCUUCGCGUUCGUCCACGUGCCCGGGGACCUGCACCCUAAGAACCCCGACGGCACCAUGCGAGUGGAUCACUCCACGGACCUUCUAUCGGUGUGGAAGAGCAUAUGUAAACUGAAGGAGUCUGGUCGCGCACGUCACGUGGGCGUGUCCAACGUGAACGCUGAACAGCUGCGGCGGCUGUGUGCGGUGCAGAAGCCGGCGUGUCUGCAGGUGGAGGUGCACGCGCUAUGCCAGCAGCCGGCGCUGGUCGCGGAGGCGCGUGAGCUCGGCGUGCCAAUCGUGGCGUACUCCCCGCUCGGAUCCAAGGCCUUAGCUGAUGCCCUCGCUGAGAAAACAGGCCGCGAGUACCCUGACCUGCUAAAGUUACCCAUAGUGCAGCGCAUCGCGCAGGCGCACGAUCGCACUCCUGCGCAAGUUCUGCUGCGACACACGCUGCAGCGAGGCCUGGCCGCCAUCCCCAAGAGCACGAAUCCUGAUCGCAUCAAACAGAACAUCACCCUGUGGGAUUUCGAGCUGAGUGCGAGCGAGAUGUCCGAGCUGGCGGCGCUGGAUCGCGGGGAGCAGGGCCGCAUCUGCGACUUCUCCUUCUUCCUCGGGAUCGACAAACACCCAGAGUUCCCUUUCAAAAAGUAACUCGUAAUUAUACAGGGUUGAUAGAAGGGAUCUGAACCGUGUAUAAUAAAUUAACUAGGUACCUAAUAAAGAUUAUUACUUUGUUAUCAAAAAUUAUAUACCUACUCUUCAAAAGUAUUACUAUUAUUGUUUAAAUAAAUUAAGCUUAAAAAA